UUGGGAUCGGGGCCGGGUCAGCGGGCACUAUGAACGAGGAGCAGUUCGUGAGCAUCGACUUGGACGAUGACAACAUCUGCAGCGUCUGCAAGCUGGGGACCGAGAAGGAAACCCUCUCCUUCUGCCACGUCUGUUUCGAGCUGAACAUCGAAGGAGUGCCAAAGUCAGAUCUUCUACAUACAAGAUCUUUAAGGGGGCACAGAGACUGCUUUGAAAAAUUCCACUUAAUAGCAAAUCAGGACUGUCCACGAUCAAAGCUCUCUAAAAGUCCUUAUGCAGAAGUAAAAAAUAUCUUGAGCAAAAAAAUUAACUGGAUCAUACAAUACGCACAAAACAAGGAUUUAGACUCUGAUUCUGAAAGCUCAAAACCAUCCCAACACCAGCUUUUUAGCUUCAGACAUCAGACUGAUAGAAAAUUACUCCCCCAGUUUGACUCCCCAGUACCUAGAUACUCUGCAAAAUGGAUAGAUGGGAAAUCUGGAGGCAUCUCAAGCUGCUCACAGACUCUGCUGGAACCAAGAGAAUCCCCUGAUUUCAGACUGGGUGCUUCCUUCUGCUGCAGCAGUGUUUUGUGGUCCAACCGCAGCCAAGUCCAGAAAGCUGAGAAAGCUGAAGGAGAUUCACUUGCCAGUGUUCAUAGGAGACAUCCUCAACACAGCAGGGAGGAACUGACUACAAUGACUCUAGGAGAGUUAAAGCAACUUAAUGAGAAACUGCUCAAGCAAAUCCAGGAUGUGUUUGAGGAGCUGACACAGCAGGUGCAGGAGAAGGACUCCCUGGCCUCCGAGCUCAACGUGCGCCACAUCGCCAUCGAGCAGCUGCUGAAGAACUGCUCCAAACUGCCCUGCCUGCAGAUGGGAAGAGCAGGGAUGAAAUCCAACGUCCCCAUAUAAAGGGAGACAACUUCCAUCCCCCUAGAGCUGUCCCUAACGGCGCUGAUAACCGUUAAGUACAACUGCACCCAUAUUUAGAAGCUUUUGAGAAAACUUGGGCAGCUUUCUCUUUGUAUUUGUAAUCCACGGGAAGUCUUACUCCACUUUGGGCUUAACAAAAAGGGCAAAUAUUUUGGGUAUUAAAAUCUACUGUAAUAAAGUUUAUUCACAGGUGGAAUUAUUAUUUUUUUCCCAUAACUACGCAUGAGCCUUGAAAUUAAUUCUGUGUUUUGUUUAUAAUAAGAUUGUUUCUAGCAAAGAAUGACCUGAAGCCUGUAAACCUGCCUCCUUCAUACAGAGGACAAAAUAAACAUUUGACUUUUUAUCAGAUCUGAUCCUGUUACAUCCAAGAGAGCUUUAAGGGGAGAACAGUAUUAAUGAAACUCGUGUUUUCUUAUUUAUUAUGAGCAAUAUUUUAUUAUUGAAGUUUUAUACUAAAUAAAUAUCACUAUUUUAGGUACUUUUCCAGAUCUCUUUAUAAAAUGUCUGAAUUACUCUGUGUAAUGUUUAUGCCUUGUGUAUGAUUGUUUAUCCUUUUUCAGGUCUGUAUCUUUCAUGAUACAAUUUUUAAAAGCAUUGUUUCCCAAAGAGAGAUUUCACAUGUCGAAGAAAAAACUCUAGUGGUGUGUCACUUAUUUUUAUCAGCUUUAUAACUGAAGA